AUGCCGCCUACCCGCAAGACCAAGAGCGCCCAUCUGGAGGCCACCAAGCGUGACCUCCCCUUGGUCGUGCAACACCUGGUGUGCAUGAAAUGUGCUACCAUCACUGAGUACGAUUGCGUGCCCUCCUGCGAGGAGCCCAUCACGCUGGCUUGCCAGCAUUCCACGGCCUCGUCGUCCGCCUGCGACGUAUGCUCAGCCAAUAAUAAGAAGAAUUCCGUGGAGAAUGAGGACGAGGGUGAGGACAUGGACGAGGACGACUGUGCCAAUCUAUUCGAUGACGAGGAUCGCCUCUUGGUUGCUAAGGUGCAGCACCGACUCGUGUGCGCGUUCCUGGCGGCUCGCUCGGCCCACCUGUCCGAGUGGGCCAUGACAAGCAACAAGAAGCCUACUAUGGCGGCCUACCAGGCCUACAUGGAGUUUGCCGACCGUUGUACCACAAUGAGGUUUGACUUCGUUAAGGCUAGUUCUAGCUUCAAGAAGUGGUUGAUUAUCAAGAGAAUCUGGGCCCUGCUGCCCCGUCUGAUCCCUGUUGACUCGGGUUUUAUUAUCUAG